UCGAAACGACAAAUGCUCUUUUGGUUAGUUUAUCGUGGUCGCUCCCAAUCUCGAGGUCUUGGCGGCCUCGUGGGCCUCUCUUCUAUUGCUCCACACUGAUAGGCACCAAUGCCGCCGUGGUGUUCCUGAACGUUGCUUGCUAGCGCUCAGCUCCGGCUGUCGUCGAAGACGGUCGACAAUACCAUGCAGUCGACAUUCUGGCAGGUUCAUCAACAUGCCUCUAGUAGGAAUAAAAAACCGUCUAGUUCAGUGCCAAACCUUUGAAAACCGCGUGGAAACUCUUCCCUCCUGUUCGUCUAACUGGGCAUGAUGCUUGAAAACGGCGAGCUCACUUUGUGAACGGACGCGUCGUGCACAGGCCAACUUGGACGUAGCCGCUCUGGAGCUCGACUAGCGAUAAUCGUUAAACGACUCGCUUUCUUCAACUUUUGCUGACGGGAUCGCAUCUGAUAAAAUGGGAGGAGCGGGGGAGCUAAUACGUUUUAGCGGCCAGCGCAAGUGCAAAGUGCAGGCGCCCCAGAUGAUGUACUACCUGGAGGGAGGACUGCUCAUGGUGAGCAACCUUCUGUUGACCGAUUCGUGGGUUAAUGACGAGUUGCGAACACAUUGCAGUGCGUGCUUCAUGCAGUUUCUGCCAUUCCGGCGACGACACCAUUGCCGAACGUGCGGUGAGGUGGUGUGUGGUGGCUGCUCUAGUCAACGCGCCAUCCGUCUCACCGACAUGAACGUGGAGUGCGAGACUCGAGUCUGCACGUUCUGCAUCAUUCGCGCCGCCGACGCGUCGAUCAAAGCCAACGAAGCUGCUAUGAAGGAAACCAGUCAGGAACAUCGACGACUCUCCACUGUAUCGGUGCUGAGUCUUGCCUCACCAGCAGUUCGGCGUCGUAAGCAGAUGACGCUGCUAAGUGCAGACUCGGAGCUAACGCUGGGUAGUGUGGUGCAACUAUGGCCUCAACCGGUGCCAGCGAACGAGACCGCUAGACUGGAAGUGGCCAGAAAUUCAACUAUCCGAUCCGCGGAAGUCGACCCGACCAUGAACUUGCUUGUUAGCAUUGUAGGUCGGGCACUCGAGUGCCCCGCAGCGCUCAUUGGCAUCAUGGAUGACUCGUUGUUGUGGGUCAAGGCCAGUGUGGGCUUGGAUGACCGCGUCACGCACAUCCCGAGAGAUGAUUGUGUGUGCGCCCACACGCUCAUGCAGGACAAGACAAUGAUCGUGGGCGACACUUGUGCUGACAAGCAUUUCUUCCAUGCAGGAGGCCACGCCGUUGGAGGCAGCCCCAUGCGUUAUUAUGCUGGAACACCCGUUCGCGUCCGAGGCCACGGCAUCGGAGUAGUGUGUGCUUUCGACACAGAGCCUCACUCGCGAACUACAGAUGCGAUGGCGUCUACUCUAGAAGCAGUGGCUAACAUCGUCUCUGAGGUGCUCGAACAGCGAGUAGCAGCGGAUGGUACGAUGGAUUCGCCUGUCAAAGUGAAAGACAAUGCUGACCUCUAUCAGAGACACCGCACAAAUACCGAGGAGUUGGAUCUGCACGCGUCGCUACUCGGCUUAAACUUGUUGCUGUUGUCGCAGCGCACGGUAUGUUCGUCAGAAGAUCAUGACCACGGUGCACCACGCGCCUCGUUGUACUUGCCAUACGAGUAUUCGGACAAAAUCACGAUGAACAUGGACUACUUCCAGCAACUGCAAAGGAGCUCUUGGGUUGAGCACGCCAUAGAGCCGGAUAUGAGCAACAACGGGACCAUUAAGCAGUUUGAGCUGUUCAGUAACGAGAAACUGUUCACAAGAAGCGUGACAAAGAUGGCUGGUGACUGCUCUAACGUCGUGACUCAGCUCUUGGACUACGAGGACGCCCUUCUGUACCAGCAGUUCUUCUCGCAGGUAUCCGGUCGACGAGAAUUGAGUGGACAGACUUGGGUAGAUAACAUAAUCUUACGCCCGAGCUUAGGUGCUACGAAUGCUGAAGGCUUACAAGUAGUUACACAUCGACGAAAAUAUCCGGAUGGUAGCAACGUGAUCGUCGCGAUCAGCACUUUGAAAGAAGUGAGUGAAAGUGACCUUCUCUUCGGAUGGUUCGUUGCUCCAAGUGGCUGUGAGGACGAGGCGAACUCCGUCAACGUGUCGUGCAUCGCCAUCCAGUCAUCUAAAAGCCAAUCCCGUCGUGAAGUAAACCUCAGCCUCGACUUGCUUCGUCGACUCAAUCAGAAGCUGGCCAUGACUCGCUUUUUCCAUCUUCCAAGUGAGAUGCCGCCUUCUAUCAAAGCAGCAGCGUUGCGAGCUCAGCUGUCGGGCAACCAGAGCACACACGAAGGUGAAGGCACAAUCAGUAGCAGUAAAGACAACCAGGGCGAGAAACAAGACAUGAAUGAACGGGAGGCGAAUCCUCAGGGCGACAACACCAACUAUGUCCUCCCAGAGAGCAACCGUGCAGCGCUGGUCGCACCACACGAGUCUGAGCAGGGCUCGCAACUGAAUCAGAACGAGCAAUUGCUGUUAGAGUUGCUGGACAAAACCAUCAGCACACAAGAAAUCCUAGCAGAACGGCAGCACGAGAUGGCCGACCUCAUCACUACCCAUGGCGACCAGCUGGAGCGGAUUUCUUCAGCGCUCUCGCGAGUCGAGUCCAUCCUGCUCGAUAAGGAAGCAAAGCGAAACAAGGCCGCCGUGAAGUAGCAUGAACAAAGUACAAUGUAUCCAUGUGUGACGUUUUAUGAGACGAGGCAUUUCUACUACUUCAUUAAGAGUUACAUAACACCGCUACUUCUCGUCAUAUUCAUUUAUCCUGGGCCAAAAAAUGAUGGCGGUGCCGCGCCGCCGAU